CCCUUUUUUUUCUGCACGGUCUCCUAAUUAAUCAUCCGUCAUCAUUUCUAACGUACCUCUCAGAGUUGCAUUUAAGCACAGAGCAGAGUUAUAAAAGAAACACGGAGAGAGCUGCCCAGAGGCCAGUUUUCAGAAACAGAGCAAAGAAUCUGAAAGGCACCCUUAGGAUUCUGCUGGGAACCUCAAGGAACAUUUUUAGGAGGCGUGAAUGGGUAUCCCUUUUACAGCUUGCCUUGUCUUCCAUGCACUGGGAAAUGAAAGUCUGGAACCUGCUCCCAGUCAGUAAACUCUUGACAGUGGACUAGACUGCAGCUGUGCUAAUAAGCUAUGGCCAUCGUGGUGAGCAUUUUUCCAGUUCUCCUUUGGAGAAUGAUGGCAUUUCAGACAAACUUAUUGCAGGCUAAAGGAAUUCAGGUUCUCCCACCUGUUAAUUUCACCGUCACAGUCUCUGCACUAGCAGAAGUACUUUUGCAAUGGAAACCAAACCCUGAUCAGGAAAAGAAUGACACUGUUAAAUAUGAGGUGGAUAUUAUGACUCCUAAGUUGGACCCAUUUGAUACAACGAAAACUUGCAGUACCUGUACGGUUGUGCUUCAUAAUGGUUUUUCUGCACGUAUUCGGACAUUGCUUCUCUAUAACAACUCACAAAUGGAAAGUAACUGGGUUACAGCUAAACUUCAAGCCCCACCAGGUGCUGUUGAGACAUCAGUCACUAACUUGUCCUGUGUGAUUUACAUGGCCAUUAAUAAUACUGCAUCUCUUCAUUGCAACUGGCUUGCUGGCAAAGAGGCACCAGAAGAUACAAAAUACUUUCUAUUUUACAGGUAUAAUAGCUACACUGAAGAAUGCCAAGAAUAUAGUAAAGACAACUGGAAGAGAAAUAUUGGUUGCCGAUUUUCAAACACUUACAUAAAGACAAGUGAAAUUGACGAAGUCGUCGUACACAUUAAUGGGUCAAGCAAGUACACUGCAAUCAAACCUUUUGAACAGUUAUUUAAUCUAAAUGCCAUUGAGAAAGUGAAUCCUCCCAGAAAUGUCACCGUGUCUUUUAAACAAAACAACCUUCUGGUCACGUGGGAAAUGCCAGUUUCUUUUUUCAUAAAGGAAUGUUUUGAAUAUGAAUUUAACAUCUACAACUGGAAGACGGGUUACAAAAAGACAUGGGAAACGAAGUUAAAUAGUUUCAGUUUAAGGAUUGAUGACACCUGCAGAUAUUCCAUAAAGAUAAGAGCUAAUCGUCAAUCAUGGUGUAAUGAAGGAAUUUGGAGUGAAUGGACUGAAUCUGUUUAUAUUGGAGAAAACCAGCCAAGGACUUCAUUAGACUCCAAGGCCUACAUGGUUCUCAUUGCGCUUAUAGUAUUCGUAUGUUCCAUGGCAUUGCUUAUUGCUAUAAUAUGCAGAAAAUAUCACUUAUGGAGGAGACUAUUUCCACCAAUUCCAACACCCCAAAACAGUAUAAAAAAUCUGUUUGUAAAUAAGAGCUAUCAGAGAGCACGUACCUUUACCAGUGAAACGGAAACAGAAAUUGGAAGUUGCAUUGAAGAUCUUGGAAGUUAUGUUGAAGACCUGUCUUCGGAUGUCCUUGAAGAUUCUUGUAAUUCUUGUAAUCUGUAAUCCAUUCAUGAUCUUGAAAUUAACGGGAGUGUUACUGCAAGUGACAACAGCUUAGAUUGGAUGAACCUUCAGAUCAUACCAUCAUCAGUGCUUCAAAGACAGAAAAAUGUGUUGCUUCCAAGAGGUGAAGUUGCUUAAUUCCAAGCUAACACAUACAAAUGUCACUUUUUAAGAAAAAAGUGAGUACAUUCUAUGACACUCUGUACCUCGGGGGACACACCCUACACCCCCAUGUUCAUCUUUAUAAAAUGAUUGUGUGGUAUCCAAUGCAAAGUUUG